UAAUAAAUAAAUGUACUGUCAAUGCCUCUUUCUGCUUUGCGGGGGAAAGGGUACAAUUAUUUAAAUAUGCCACAUAUACGGUUAUAAAUAUUGUAGAAAUUAUAUGAUAUAUCGUGUAUCAGUUUUCAUUCUUAAAAAUUAAUUACGAGAGAUCAAAACAAAAAUGUGAGUUUAUCUCGGUUUUCUUAACAAAAUAUUUUAUCAACAUUUGCAUUUAAGUUCUUCGCAAAUUUUAGACGACAGCAGCAAAAAAUAUGUAGAAGUGCGCGCAGUUUUCAAAAAUAUGAUUCAUCAGCAUUGUUUUAAAGCGUUAAUAAGAUAGAGAAUGUUGCUGAAUGAAGUGAAAAUAAUUUACAGAAAAAUAAGACAACUGUGAACUUUUUAUUCCGCAUCGCUACGUUGCACUCUUCAUUAUAUUCUUUUGUCAAAAGUUGUGUGAAGCAGUAUUGAGGCUACAAUGAAAACUACUUUGGUGCUUUUGGUGACCGCUGCCGUUCUGUCUUAUUUUCAGUUGACUUUGGCUGAACAGCCUCACGGGGAGAAUUCAGACAUGAUCCUGAGGAAAAAGCAAGGAGUUGACCUUCUUGACCACAAAAAGCUGUUGGACGUGAUUCAUAUAUUGGCCAGAACGAACAGCAGGCUGAUCAAUGCGGCGAUGCAUGCUGCAAAUGAUGAGAGCGGUUCUGAUAAAGAAUCAAAAGUUGAUAACUGGAUGAAGUGCGAGCAGGAACUGAAGGAAGAGGAAAAUUUGAACGAGCAAAGUAAGGUUGCAAACGUCAACAAACUAGUCAAAAUUUCUAUUUGAGAAAAAUUCCAAACAAUUAUAUUGCUGGUAUAACCAUAAAAUAAU